AAAGAAACUUUUUCUUGCUAGGCUGCUAACGAGCCGCGGGGGGAACGUUGGCACGCCGUUCGCGGAGCUCUCCUCCCCCGUCGAGCUCAACGCGUCCCCGGCGCUUCGUGUCCACUCGCGGAUGAGUGUCCGCGAGACCAAAGCCCGACUUUUGUAACGGGUUUUUCUUCUUCUUCUUCCCAGAAGCCACCAUCGCCAGUGGAGGAAGGGUUACAGCUGACCCGCCGGUGUUUGGACCAGAGGAGCCCCGGAACCUCCACCGGGCUGCACAUCCGCUGCUCUGCUCGCACAGACACACACACGCACACACACACACACACACACACACACACACACACACACACAGACAGACAGAAGUUGGUCCCGGAGAUGUUUUCCAGUGAGAUGUCUGGUCGGAUCGGAGUCGGGCAGAUCCGACCAGCUGCUUCGGGUCCACAGCCCCUGAAGGCGACUGUCCCCUAUCAGCUGACCGGCAGGUCCCGACCGAACCGGAGGGAUGGGAAGUCCGCUGGAAAGCCCAAAGCGCAGCAGCUGAGCUGUGGCAUGAGGCGGACCAUGUCUCUCGAUGCCAUCAUCGGGCCGUACCUGCAGGGACAUUGGCCCAAAGAACCAGAGGGCCAGCGCUGCCCGUCUCGCAAGGACAAGUCUACCCAGACCCCGGACUCGUGGUGCGAUAAAUCCCCGAGCAGGAGAGGGGGCAGCAGCCACAAGCGGUCGGCAUCAUGGGGCAGCGCCGAGCAUCUGCGAGAGAUCGCGAAGCUCAAACAACAGCUGCAGCAGCGCAGCAAACCCGCAGCCUCAGGAGGGCAUGACAAAGGCCGCCAGCGGGGAUAUCCUCAGGGGAGCUGUAGCCUGGGAACUAACCAGACUCCGCCCAUUUCCAUCCCCCUGCCCCCCCUGUCGACCCUGGUCCCUCGACUGCGCUGCAGUGUGGAGGGCCUCAACCAGGAGCUGGAGGGCAUGUUCAUCUGCCAGCCUCUGCAUCGUCCGCACAGGCUCCUCGAGGUGCCAGACGGUCACCGGGCUCCGGUCCCCCCGCAGAGCCGCAGCAGUGGCUCUCAGAGCGACAUGGCCGCCACGCGCUCUUCGUCUUCCUCCUCCUCCUCGCCCAGCUCCUCGCCCACCAACCUCUGCGGCUCCCCACCUCCCCUCCAAUACGCACCGCUGGAUCGGCACCGAGACGGUGCCGAGGUGGUCCUCCCGUCUCCGUUCUCCUCCCAGACUGAGGCAGACGUCUCUCUGCUGAUGUUGUCGUCCCCGGGGCCCAACAACAGUUGCUGCUUCCAGAGAGAGCCGCCGGAGGGCUGCGAAAAGAUCCGAGUCUGGGAGGAAACUAGCUCGCCACGUCAACACAAGCCGGCCCUCGUCUCCUCCUGCCCGGACCCCAACAAGGUAAACUUCACCCCCCACGGGGGCUCGGCCUUCUGCCCAGUCAGCCUCCUCAAGCCCCUGCUGCCCUCCGUGGAGCUGUUGCUCCGCAGCCUGGCCGUGUCUCCGACGGGCAGCUGCUCGGUCCAGGAGACGAGCUGUUGCCAGGCGACGUCGUCCGGCAACCGGGCGGCUCCCGCAGAUCCUCCCUCCGGCGCCGUCGCUGUGAUGGCAGAGAGCUCCGGGCAGGGCCUCGCCUUCUGAUUAUUGGUGAUGUUGGUUUAUUUUAGGAAAGGAUCAUUCCUCUUCUAUAAUGAUUUAAAAAAAAAAUAAUCUUAUUUAGAAAAAUAAUAUUGGCGGUGGAAGAAAAAGAAAUUCAUCGUACGCUACUUGUUUUGGGUGUUUUGAAAUUUUUGUCAUUUCGUAAUCCAAAGAUUCUUAUUACAUGCUUCACAUUCUGUUUCCCCAGAGGAGCCAUAACGCACACUUAUUAUACUGGUUUUAAACUUUGACUGCAGUGCCUCAUCUCUGUCCAACAUGUCAUGAGUCUGGGUCAUGUAAGAAAAACUAUUCCUAGAUAAAUGUGCUUGUUUCAAAGUAAUCAAAGAUGUUUAUCUGCCAUUCUUGUUAUCUAACUUGACCUUGCACCGGUUGCUGGUGUACAAAGUGCGACAAACCAGUUGGGUAUUUUUCUAUUUACCUGAUUAAAAAAAAUAAAUGAAGUUAAUAAAUGGUAAAAAAAAGUUUAAAAAAAGUAUAAAAGACUGAAUGAAAUCGCCUUUUGAUAUUGUGGACUAAAGGAAGUCGUCCAGAUGUUGGACUUGGGUAGCGUCAAUAUCUAAAUGCUUCAGCUCAUUCAUUCCUGCUUUAAAAGUUGUACAAAUGUUAUUUUUGGUCUUGUUUACUGGAAGAAGGGAAAAAAUAUCUUUUGCAUAAACAGAUAUAGCAAAAAAAACCUUCUUAUUCCUUGAUGUUCUAGAUGUCUGCUCGACGGUAUGUUUAUCGUUUGGAGGUCUCGCAGCCUAGUUAACUACCUAACCAGUAGCGGUGUAGAUUUUGAUGUUCAAAUAGUUUUAUUUCUGGUAGACACGUUUGCACAUAUUGAACUGCUACUUUUGAGUCGCAAUUCUCAUUUUUUAUAUUCACUUUUGUACUUUUAAGAGUAGCAUUGUGUAUUUUCUACAUUUUUUUUUUUUUUUUUCAGAUACCUGCAACAUAAGCUUAAAAAAAAUCUUAGUUUUGUUUUGUCAGUAUAAUUGAGAUACUGUAUCGGGUGGAUCUUUAUGCACUUCCAGGAGAGGGUUUUAAUGUGGAGAGGCUUCUUCCUUGGGUUGAUUGUCUCUGACAGGUGUGUGUGUGUGUGUGUGUGUGUGUUAACUAUAGUAUGAUUGUUUGACUUAUUUUAGUAUCCUGUUCAAAUACUGAUUGUUUGAAACGUUGAGGCUUAUUUGGAAAGAAACAAUGUUGUAUGAAUCUGUGUUGAUGGGGAGGGAGGGGGCUGUUAUCUCAGGUUCUGUGUUCUAUCCAAAUAAAUAUAUGAUUCAUAA